AAAACGCUUCUUAGCCUCUUCACAUUAUUUUUCACCAUCCUAGAGAGAGAGAUAGGAACUAAAAAAAAAAAUUUAGGAUUUUUUCUGUGAUAUUUUCUUGAAUUUUUUGAUUUAUGGACAAAGGUUGGGGGUUGACCCUCGAGAAUCCUGAUCGGCGCGCUGGGUUCUUCACGAACAAGCCGGUUUUUGGGUUUAAUCUGAGCCCGCGCUUGAAUCCGAUCAACGGCGGCGGUAGUGGCGGUGGUGCUGGUAUGGUUCCGAUCAACCCCGCCGCCGAGAAACGUGGGCCGCCCAACGAAGUUGACUUCUUCUCCGACAAGAAGGCUGAUAUCGUCGUCAAGAAGGAGAUAACCUUGCACGGCGAACCCGUCACCAAAGCUGAUUUGAAUGUAAAUACUGGUUUGCAACUGGUGAUUGCCAACUCCGGGAGCGAUAAAUCCACGGUGGAUGACAGUGUUUCAUCGGAUAUGGAGGAGCGUCGAGCCAAGAAUGAUCUGUCAGUGUUGCAAGUGGAGCUCGAAAAGAUGAACGCCGAGAAUCAGAGAUUGCGAGGGAUGCUGUCGCAGGUUUCCACCAACUACACCGCUUUACAGCAGCAUCUUUCGAAUCUAAUGCAACACCAGAAUCAGCAAAGCUCCAGAAUAGGAAGCACACAAGAUCGUGAGGUUGCUGACAGAAAAUCCGAGGAAAAGAAGCCUGAGAAAGAAGAACCCACUGUUCCGCGACAGUUCCUGGAGUUGGUUCCCGGCGGCGGUGCUGCGGCGGCGGCUCAGACAGAUGAGGCGUCGCAGUCUCAUACUACGUCGGAGGAGAGAACACUGUCUGCGGGUUCUCCCAGGAACAACAACACGGAAUUGUCGAGGCAUAAAGGGAUUAUUGCCAGGGAAGACAGUCCAGAUUCAGAAAGCUGGGCUCCUAAUAAACUCCCAAAAUUGAAUCCUUCCAAGCCUGUUGAUCAAGCUGCCGAGGCUACCAUGAGGAAAGCCCGUGUCUCCGUCCGUGCCCGAUCCGAAGCCCCAAUGAUUAGUGAUGGAUGUCAAUGGCGGAAAUAUGGUCAAAAAAUGGCAAAAGGAAACCCUUGUCCACGAGCUUAUUACCGGUGCACUAUGGCCGUUGGGUGUCCGGUUCGAAAACAGGUGCAAAGGUGUGCGGAGGAUAGGACGAUUUUGAUAACAACUUAUGAAGGUACGCACAACCACCCGCUGCCACCGGCGGCGAUGGCGAUGGCGUCCACCACCUCCGCGGCGGCGAACAUGCUGCUUUCCGGCGCCAUGCCGAGCGCCGACGGGAUGAUGAAUACUAACUUUCUUGCGAGAGCAAUCCUCCCUUGUUCGUCUAGCGUGGCCACUAUUUCAGCUUCUGCGCCUUUUCCAACCGUCACCCUUGACCUCACUCAAACCCCCAAUUCUUUGCCUAAUUACCAAAGACCCCCAACUCAAUUCCAAGCGCCUUUCACGGGAGCCCCUCAAAUUCCUCAGAAUUACCCUCAGCUCCCCCAGGUUUUCGGUCAGGGUUUGUACAACCAGUCAAAGUUCUCCGGCCUGCAUGUUUCCCACCAGGACAUCGCCGCCGCCGCCGCGCAGGCGGCGCAGUUGGCUCAACAGCAGCAGCAUCCGGCGCCGCCGCCGCAACACCCUUUGUUCGCCGACACGCUCAGCGCAGCCACAGCCGCCAUCACCUCCGACCCCAACUUCACCGCCGCCCUCGCCGCCGCCAUCUCCUCCAUCAUGGGCGGUGGUUCCCAGCCAAACAACGCUAAUAACGCCUCUAAUGCCGCCGCCGCCACCUCCACCAGCAACACCAACAAGACCAGCAGUUUCCCGGGGAACUAAAAUUCAUUGCUUCAUUUGUUCUAAAGUCUUUCUUGGGGGGUAUAGAUCAAUCAACACUUUCUUUACAUUACUUUUUUUUUUCUUUCCAAAUUUUCUGUCACUUCUGGGGAAUUAGGACUACCUGAACUAAGAUAUUUUCAUUCUUUUGUACACUGUUUCUUGUUAGAAUAAUUACCUGUUUGUUAGUUUUGGGUAACUAUACAUACACAAAAGUGAAAACAUUUCAUGUAAUUAUUCUAUACCGUCUCCCUGUUGUGCAAAAAACACCAAAAUAUUCUCCUUUUCGUCAAUUCAAUCAUAUUUUAU